CUUUGGCUUUACAGCAAUUACAAAACAAGCUAAGCUCCAAAAACCCUCCAGGAAGUGGACUUGUUCUUCUCAUGCUUUGCGGCGAAUGGGGUUUGAUAAGUUCUGCAGUUUGGACAGUUCCGACCCGUUCUGGGAUUGGAACCGUACAUGGUACACUUCUGAUCCGGACCUCACCCAGUGUUUCCAGAACACUGUCCUAGUGUGGCUGCCAUGCCUCUACCUUUGGAUAUGUGCACCAAUUUACUUCAUCUACCUCCGUAGCCAUGACCAAGGCUAUAUAUGUAUGAGUCACCUCAACAAAGCAAAAACUGCUGUUGGCUUUCUGCUUUGGAUCAUCUGCUGGUCAGAUGUGUUUUAUUCUUUCUGGGAGAGGAGUCAUGGCAGCAGCGUCCCAGCACCUGUCCACCUCGUCAGUCCAACCUUACUGGGCCUCACCAUGCUGCUGGCCAUCAUGUUAAUCCAGUAUGAGCGGAUGAAAGGGGUUCAGUCAUCUGGAGUAAUGCUGAUCUACUGGCUGCUGGCACUGCUGUGUGCCACGGUCACCUUCAGGUCGAAGAUCUUCCAGGCCUUGGACCAGCCACUGACCGUGUGUAUAUGGAGGUACACGACCUUUUAUACAUACUAUGCACUGCUGCUGAUUGCUCUGUUCCUGUCCUGCCUCACUGACCAGCCACCGCUCUUCUCCCAGAGCGUUAAAGACUCGAAUCCCUGCCCUGAGCCUGGAGCAUCUUUCCUCUCGAGAAUAACCUUCUGGUGGACCACCGGGAUGAUGGUGACAGGCUACAGGCGCCCACUGGAGGAGAAGGACCUGUGGUCUUUGAACCCUGAGGACCGCUCUCACAGAGUGGUCCCACAGUUGGUGCAAUGCUGGAACACAGAGUGCCAAAAGGUGAAAAGGACAGAGCAGAAAAUGCUGUACUCACCCAAGAAAGUCCCCCACAGUGAGAACCAAGAGGGCCAAGUGGAAGAGUCUGAGAUCUUGAUUCUACGACCUCCCACGAAAACUAAAGAGCCCUCACUGUUGUGGGCACUGUGCUUCACCUUUGGGCCCUACUUUUUCAUCUCCUGCAUCUAUAAGUUAAUCCAGGACGUCCUCAUGUUUGUUGGCCCUGAGAUCCUGCGACUGCUUAUCCAGUUUGUCAAUGAUUCCAGUGCUCCCUCCUGGCACGGCUACUUCUACACUGCUCUACUGUUUGUGUGUACCUCCGUGCAAUCACUCGUCCUCCAGAAAUACUUUCACGUCUGCUUUGUGUCAGGCAUGCGCUUACGUACUGCAAUCGUUGGCGCCGUCUAUAGGAAGGCUUUGGUCAUAAGCAGCGCAUCACGACGAACCUCUACAGUGGGAGAGAUCGUCAACCUAAUGUCAGUGGACGCCCAGCGCUUUAUGGAUCUCAUCACAUACAUCAACAUGAUAUGGUCUGCCCCGCUGCAGGUGGUGCUGGCCCUCUACUUUCUUUGGCAGAACCUGGGUCCAUCUGUGUUGGCUGGAGUGGCUGUGAUGGUUCUGAUGGUUCCAGUUAAUGCUGUAAUUGCAAUGAAAACCAAGGCUUACCAGGUGGCUCAGAUGAAGAGUAAAGACAAUCGCAUUAAGCUGAUGAAUGAGAUGCUGAAUGGCAUCAAAGUGUUGAAGCUUUACGCCUGGGAGCUGGCCUUCAAAGAAAAGGUGUCAGAAAUCCGUGAGAGUGAGCUGCGUGUCCUGAAGAAGGCUGCCUACUUGGCGGCUGUGUCUACCUUCACCUGGGUCUGUGCACCUUUCCUUGUUGCCCUAUCAACUUUCACAGUGUACGUACUGAUUGAUGAGCAAAACGUGCUGGAUGCCCAGAAGGCCUUUGUGUCACUGGCGCUCUUCAACAUACUGCGUUUUCCUCUCAACAUGCUGCCAAUGGUCAUCAGUAGUAUGGUGCAGGCCAGUGUGUCCCUGAAGCGGCUGAGGGUGUUUCUAUCACAUGAGGAACUGCAGGCGGACAGUGUGGAGCACAAAGCAGUAGCAGGCUCCCCACACAGUAUCUCUGUAACAGAUGGCGUUUUCAGCUGGUCCAGAACUGAAUCGGCAACACUCAGCAGGCUGAAUGUAAAUAUCCCAGAAGGCUCUCUGGUGGCUGUGGUGGGACAUGUGGGCUCAGGAAAGUCCUCCCUGCUCUCUGCCCUCCUUGGAGAGAUGGACAAACUUGAAGGAACUGUCACUGUUAAGGGUUCUGUGGCUUAUGUUCCCCAGCAGGCGUGGAUCCAGAAUGCCUCUUUGAAAGAUAACAUAAUGUUUGGUCAAGAGAGACGAGAAGCCUGGUAUCAGCAGGUGGUGGAGGCAUGUGCCCUUCAGCCUGACCUUGAGAUUCUUCCUGCUGGAGAUGACACUGAAAUUGGAGAAAAGGGAGUGAAUCUGUCAGGAGGUCAGAAGCAGCGGGUAAGCCUGGCCAGGGCUGUCUACUGUGACCGUGCUGUCUACCUGCUGGAUGACCCACUGUCUGCUGUUGAUGCUCACGUAGGAAAACAUAUCUUUGAUCAUGUCAUCGGCCCACAGGGACUGCUAAAGGACAAGACCCGCGUGCUGGUCACCCAUGGGUUGAGCUACCUACCCCAGGCCAACUUGAUCUUGGUCAUGAUGAAGGGAGAAAUCACAGAGAUGGGCUCAUACCAGCAGCUCAUGGCCACAGAGGGAGCCUUUGCUGAGUUCCUGCGAACUUAUGCUGCUGUGGACAAACCUGACAACAGUGAACCUGUACCAAACAGUGGUGUCAAAGGACUGGAGAAUGGCAGUGUGACUGCUCUUGCUGGCAGCCCAGGUGUCAGCAGCGUAUCCAAACAGUCAGACAAAGCAGACAAGGAGUUGAGCAAGAAGGCCAAGAAUCGGGAGAUGGGGAAGCUGACAGAGGCUGACAAGGCCAGCACUGGGCAGGUUAAGCUCUCUGUCUUCUGGGCCUAUCUUAAGGCCAUUGGAGUGCUUCUGUCCUUCAUCAGUCUUUUGCUGUUUCUUGCCCAUCACCUGGUCUCCCUGUUCUCCAACUAUUGGUUGAGCCUGUGGACGGAUGACCCCGUGGUUAAUGGCACACAGCCUAACAGACUAAUGAGACUUGGGGUGUAUGGUGCUCUUGGCCUAUCUCAGGGUGUGGCCAUCUUUGGUUACUCCCUUUCCAUGUCUAUCGGGGGUGUCCUGGCAUCCCGGUACCUCCACCAGUCCAUGCUGUAUGAUGUCCUGCGCUCACCUAUGUCCUUCUUUGAGCGAACCCCCAGUGGUAACCUGGUCAACCGCUUUGCCAAGGAGAUGGACACCAUUGACACAGUGAUCCCCAGCAUUAUUAAGAUGUUUCUGGGCUCUAUGUUCAAUGUGAUGGGCUCCUGUGUCAUCAUCCUGUUCGCCACGCCGCUAGUAGCCAUCAUCAUUCCAUUUCUGGGUCUGCUCUACUUUUUUGUGCAGAGGUUUUAUGUGGCAUCAUCUCGUCAACUGAAGCGUCUAGAGUCAGUCAGUCGUUCCCCAAUUUAUACCCACUUCAAUGAAACACUGCUGGGCACCUCAGUUAUCCGAGCCUUUGGUGAACAGGAGCGAUUCAUCCAUGAGAGUGACCAAAGGGUGGACCAUAACCAGAAGGCUUACUAUCCCAGCAUAGUUGCCAACAGGUGGCUGGCAAUUCGCCUUGAGUUUGUGGGAAACUGCAUCGUGUCAUUUGCUGCUUUGUUUGCUGUGAUAUCCAGAGAGAGCCUCAGCCCAGGCAUUAUGGGACUGUCGAUAUCCUAUGCCCUCCAGCUUACUACCUCACUUACGUGGCUUGUGAGGAUGUCUUCUGAUGUGGAAACCAACAUAGUGGCUGUGGAGAAAGUGAAAGAGUACGGUGACACAGAGAAAGAGGCAGAGUGGAAACACGAGCCCUCCACCCUCUCACCAGGUUGGCCCACUAAUGGCUGCAUUGACAUAAGAAACUUUGGCCUGCGCUACCGCCACGAUUUGGACCUGGCCAUUCGCAACAUUAACAUCUCCAUUAACGGAGGAGAGAAGGUGGGGAUUGUGGGGCGCACUGGUGCAGGGAAAUCUUCCCUAACGCUGGGGCUCUUUCGGAUCAUUGAGGCAGCUGAAGGCAACAUAUUGAUUGAUGGAGUGGACAUCGCCAAGCUAGGCCUCCACGAGCUUCGUUCCAGAAUCACCAUCAUACCACAGGACCCGGUGCUGUUUUCAGGCUCUUUGAGGAUGAACCUGGAUCCUUUUGACUUGUACACUGAUGAGGAAGUAUGGAGGGCUUUGGAGUUCUCCCAUCUUAAGACCUUUGUGUCCAGCCUACCCAAAAGCCUUAGCCACGACUGCAGUGAAGGAGGAGAGAACUUGAGUGUGGGUCAGCGGCAGCUGCUGUGCCUAGCCAGAGCUCUGCUGAGGAAGACCAAAGUCCUUGUUCUAGAUGAGGCCACAGCAGCUGUAGACAUGGAGACAGAUAACCUAAUCCAGUCCACCAUCCGCUCUCAGUUUGAGGACUGCACUGUCUUGACAAUAGCUCAUCGCCUUAACACCAUUAUGGACUACACCAGGGUUCUGGUGUUGGAAAAUGGAGAGAUGGCAGAAUUUGAUUCUCCCUCCAAUCUCAUCGCUCAGAGAGGUGCCUUUUACAAGAUGGCAAAGGAUGCUGGGCUGGUCUGAAGCAGGGGGGGGUGUCAUUUUGUCCAGCUGCUUCUCUGAGCCCGUCCUCCACCCUUAUGGCUCCUGUUGCAGAGAGCUUAUAUUUUAAAGUGGGAGGGACACAAAAUGGACUUAAGGUUCUUCAUAUUUGAUUAUUUAAGCAAGGUCAAUGAGAGAAAAUGAUUUAGUCUGACAUGGUUCAUCCUUUAGGUUUACACUGCUUGUAUACACCCUGUAUCUUCAGAGCCAGUUCAAAUGGUCUCCCUGCCAUAUGUUCUGGAAGAUGGGGGGACAAAUUCAAAGAGAGAACAUAGAAUGUUACACAUUAAAAGAUCACUACUGGUUCUAGAAACCAGUACAGCUGUACUGGUUUCUAGAAACCAGUACAGCUGUACUGGUUUCUAGAAACCAGGACUGGUCAACAUUUUAGAGUCAUAUGUGCCAAAUACCAUACUGUCAUACCAGAUAUUAAGGCUACAGUUAUGAUGGGAAAUAAAGAUGUGCAUCAGUGAUUCUGGUGCUUUUUUUUUUAAAUUAUUUUUCAAAGACCGUUCUGUCUACUAUUAAACUCAAGAGCAAUAUGGAAAUGGCUUUAUCAUUGUUUCACUGUUGGGAUGCUUUUGGGGUUUUUUUUGACAAAAUGUCAUUAAACACAGGUCAAUUACAGAAUUUCAUAUUCUAAGAAAAUAUCACCAGUGAAUAAUGGAACUGAGAGACGACUUGUUUUCACCUUGUGCUCGCAAGCAAAGCAAAAGAGCAUGAAUGAAGAUGCUCUUCAGGAGUGUUGUUCUGGGAGAGGAGAUUUUUAGUUUUCUUUUUCAGUUUAACUGUUGGAAGGUGGGGGGUGCAUUAGGAGUAAUGGCAGUGAGCCAGACACAUCACUUUACAUAAACAUCACAACAAAACUACCAACGCACAAACUGUUUUUGAACCUGUUGAUUUCACUUGACUGUUACAUCUCAUUUAGCACUGAUUAUUUAUUGUCUUCUUUCAGCAACAUCUUUAAGUUGUGUUCCUGCAGGCUGCUGAUUACAUUAGAGACUUUAUUCAUGUAAUAAAUACACAAUGUUACUUUUGUUCUAUCUUCAGGAUUUAAAUACUUUGAAAGCCAAAUCUGUUCGGUACCUUGCGUGCUCUGUUUUGAUCAGCAUAUCUCCUCCUCUGAUGGAUUCAGCAGAAAAAAGUAAAGUAUGGAAUGUGAAUACAAUGUGCACAUGGCAACAAGUAAAAAAAAACUGUCAAAUAUGCUGACAACAGUUUUCAUGUUGAUUUGAUCAUGUUAUGUGGCUUUGUGUGCUUGUUUGUUAGAUUGUGUUUUCCUAAGCUAAUGUGUAUGUUUUGAAUAAAGGUAGCCUGUACAUAAGUUCUGAUGAGGUACAGCACAGAGCUUUUGUAAUGACAUGCUGAAACAUGCACUGGGCAUUACAAACACUGCGCAGAAACAUUGUUUUAGUUGUCUCAGGUACGCUACAAAAUGAAUGUUUUUGUUUGUUUUUAAUAAACAAAUAUAAACUUUAUAUAGAACAUUCACUGUAAGGAUCCCUUUUGUGUCAUUAUCUUAAGUUAAUGUGGCCUUUUGCCACCAGUCUGCAUACACAGUGGUGACAGAUUAAAACAGACUCUCGUACCCCUUCAUUAAGAGGAUUUGGAGCUCCCGUGGUUUAGACCCAGCUCAGUAAAGAGGGAAAGGGCACAGCAAGUCAAUAUGUGUGAAUACCUUUACUCUAUGAUGAUGAUGAUGAUAAAGAGUAAAGCACAUGCUUUACUAUGAAUUUACCAUCAAAGCUCUCAGCCUAGUCAACUGCUUUUUGGGGAGAUUUGGGUGAGGUAUGUGCUCUCCACCACCAUCAUCAAAACUCCAAGGAUGGGAUUGAUCCCUCCACUGAGACCUGGAGGAGCUGUCAGUGCCUGUGACCAUGUGGUGGCCCAACUUUCCCAUGUUGGGUUUCUGUCACAACCCCAUAAUUAACCUGUCUGUUAAGCAUGCACAGGAAACUGUGACAUUUAUGCCAAAAAGUUUUAGUUGUAAAAAUAGGAAAUAAGAUUUAAUUUACGAUAGACCCUUUUGUGGAUAUUUUCAUAUGUGGGAUGUGUGGGGGCAUUUUAUUUCAAGUAAUGCAAUAAAAAGUUGAUGUGCAGCUCAUAUUAAAGUCCAUGGAUAGGCUGGUGGGUUUGUUUGUCUUCAGUAAUUAAAACAGCAGUAGAUGUUUUACAGAAGGACCAAAUGGAGGGAAAAAAUACAUCCUAAGUAAAUGCAGCAAGAUUAGAAUUGUAUUCUAAAGGUAUUAAAAUAAUUUUUCUUUAAAAUUCAGAGGAGUAGUGUGGGCAUACAGGAUCAUAGCAGCCCUGAAACUGUCAUUUUGUCUCUAUGGCUAUAAGUGGAGCUGCAUGGGGGUUAGCACUGUCACCUCUGCGUUCUGGAGACCUUCUGGGUUCGAAUCCAGCCUGGGGCUUUUCAGUGUGGAGUUUGCGUGUUCUCCUGUGGGUUCUUUCUAGGUACUCCCACUUCUUCCCACAGUCCAAACACAUGCAUGAGGUUAAGCGGUUGUCAAGUGUUGUGCUCCAGCCCUCCACCCCCUCCCACAGCUCUCAACAUGGCUGUGUGAUGUUCAGGGCUAAAUGAGUCUGGCCUGUUGGUAA